GAGAAGAAAGAAGCUUCUCAAUUUUGUUUAGAUGAACGGUUUUGUUUUUUAAAGAUAUUUUUUCGCUGUGUGCGGCAAAUAUGUUUUGAAUCUUAUAUUUAAAUAACACGAAUAAAUUAUUUGCUCUUUAAUUUAACAAUAUUUUUCUAUUGUGUCAAUUAUUCUUUUAUUUUGUUUGUCAUGUUUAUAAACGAUUGUCUCAUAUCUUUUAUUGCUGUUUCCUGCCUUAAGUUACUGUUUUUACCACUUUAUAAAUCUACAGAUUUUGAAGUACACCGUAACUGGAUGGCCAUAACUUUUGAGAAACCUUUUAAGGAGUGGUAUUUGGAGGAAACAUCUCAAUGGACUUUAGAUUACCCACCUUUUUUUGCCUGGUUUGAAUAUCUCCUUGCAUUUGCAGCUAAAUAUUUUGAUGCAAACAUGCUGAAAAUUUCUAAUUUGAACUACUCCAGCUUGCAAACUGUAUUUUUCAUGCGGCUCUCUGUGAUAAUAUCUGAUAUUGUAUACUGCUAUGGAGUUAAUAGAAUUUUUCAGUUGAUAAAAUCUAAAAAAGGCAAGGAUAAAGAUCCUUGGUUAUCAGCUGAAGUAAUACUUGCUAUGUUGUUACUUUGGAAUCCUGGUCUUCUACUUGUGGAUCACAUUCAUUUUCAAUAUAAUGGCUUUUUGAACGGGUUUUUAUUUUUAUCUAUUGCCGAUAUGCUUCAGGGAAAUUAUGUUAGAUCUGCCUUUUGGUUUUCUGUGCUUCUGAACUUAAAACAUAUAUACUUAUAUCUGGCUCCUGCAUAUUUUGUAUUCCUCUUGAAGAAUUAUUGUUUUAAAAAUGGUAAAUUUUUUGAUUUAAACUCAUUUUCUGUGGAAAGAUUUUUAAAACUGGGUGCUGUAGGAAUUGCUACUGUACUUGUUUCAUUUGGUCCUUUCAUUUACUUGGGACAACUCAACCAAGUUCUUUCAAGAUUAUUUCCUGUGCAGCGAGGAUUAACUCAUUCCUAUUGGGCUCCUAAUGUUUGGGCCUUGUAUAACUUUGCUGAUCGGAUCCUCAGCUUUAUUGCAUACCGUUUAAAGAUAUAUUCUCCUAAAGAGCUUCAAACUUGUUCUACAAAAGGAUUAGUACAAGAAUGUGAACACGCAAUUCUUCCGACCAUAUCCUCAAACAUUUCUUUGGUUUUUACACUCAUUUCUUUACUUCCCAUGAUUUGGUUGGUUUGGAAGAAACCCGGAACUCCUAAGGUCUUCCUAAACAGUAUUAUUUUGUGUUCAUUUGGCACUUUUUUGUUUGGAUAUCAUGUACAUGAAAAAGCAAUUCUCUUAAUAAUUUUGCCAUUAACAAUUAGUGCUGUUUUGCACAAAGAAGAAGUUGGAAUUUAUGCCUUCCUGUCAAUACUUGGUCAUUUCUCCCUUUUUCCAUUGCUUCAUGAAGAAGGAGAAACACUUCUAAAAGUCUUCCUUCUUUUGCUACAUGCUGUUUACAUGUUUUCAAGUCUUGGCCAAUUGCAUAACUUUAAACAGCAACACUCUCUUCUUUCCAAGGUAGAACUAUCAUAUCUAGGUGGUUUGGUUUUGCUUCAACUAUUCUACAGUUUUGGUUCAAAAUUAAGCAAUUUGGAAACGAAACUUCCAUUUUUACCUCUUAUGCUAAUAUCUACUUACUGUGCUCUUGGAGUUCUUUAUAUUUGGAUUAAGUACUGCUUUCUGAUUUUGCCAAUACAAAGUACAAAUAUGUUUAAAGUGAAAAAGAAAUAAGUUAUUAUAAACAUAUACAAUCAAUCAUUUGAUGUGGUGCUUACAAAUUUAUGUCAUCAAUUUAAUAUAAUUUUUACAUUGUUAAUACGCAGCUUUUGUAUAUUGUUAUGCAAUAUCUUUUUGAUUAAAAAAGUGCAUGAUUUUUGUA